UGAAUAAUCAAUAUUAUAACAUACAUUUUUGUUGCAGGAUUACUACCCAGAUUUGAUAGCGAAUGACUCUAUAGCCUUCCUGCGGCACUCUAAAAAGCAGUACCAACACAAGCCGGUUAUGCUGACCAUGUCAUUCCCAGCACCUCAUGGUCCUGAAGAUUCAGCACCGCAGUACUCCCAUUUAUUCUUCAACGUCACUACUCAUCAUACCCCAUCAUAUGACCACGCGCCGAACCCAGACAAGCAAUGGAUCCUCCAAGUUACAAGAAACAUGGAACCCAUACAUCGACAAUUCACCAACCUACUGAUGACCAAGAGAUUGCAGACGCUCCAAUCUGUAGAUGCUGCCGUGGAAAGGGUCGUAAACGAGCUGAGGGACCUGGGGGAACUUGAAAACACCUACAUCGUUCCUCAAAAAGACAUCCCACCACUAUUUGCCAAAGAGCCAGGAACUGCGAUCUGUUCUAUCUUCAAAUAUUCGCUCAAGGCAAAAGCUUUCCCUUCGAGUUCGACGUCCGAGUCCCGUUCCUAGUGCGAGGCCCAGGUAUAACUCCUGGAGCCGUGGUUGACGACAUCGUCCUGAACAUCGACCUGGCACCCACGUUUUUGCACAUGGCGGGCGUGGAACCACCUCCGCAUAUGGACGGGAGAUCGGCACUACCCCUUCUAUUAGUACCAGAUGCCGUCAAAAGGAAGAGGGUCAGAUGGCCGGACACGUUUUUGAUUGAAAGUUCUGGACGUCGUGAAACCCCUAUUUGGACCAAAAGCUCGAGCGUCUCCACAAGUACUCGCAAGCGGCAAACUUCAGAAACGUCACUGAAACUCCUUUUACCAGCACUGAAGCUCACGUAUCUCAACCAACAUAUACUCCAUCAACGGUAUCCAGUUUAAUACAGUCUCACAUAACUAGCGGUCCUAGGGUUUACGAUUCUGGAGAAGAUCCGGCUUCUUUGGAUACUUCCACCGAUGGUGAUGACACCGACGAUGAAGCUGAUGACGAUGAAGACGAUGAAGAAGAUGACGAUAUCGACAUCGAAGAAAAGACCAACGUGGACACGAUCCACCUGCCCCCGAUCAACCCGUUGGACGAAAGUACCAUGCAACUGGACAACAGACUCCUCCCGGUACCACCUUACUCGACCAAAUUGGAACGACUCGCUGUUGAGUGCAUGAGGGACGAUACGAAGUUGCCUUGCAAGAGGGGACAGAAGUGGUUCUGCGAGAACGAUAACGGAAGAUGGAGGAGGCAUAAAUGCAAGAGUGUGGCGCCAACGAACGUGGUUGGAUUGGAGGAGAGAGGGUACAGGAAAUGUGCUUGCUUCACCCCCGAUGGGCUGGUUUACAAGAAGUUACCUUUGAAUAACAUGACGAGAAGAGAUCUAAGAAUGGGCAGAAUCAAGAGAGAUGUUGAUUUGGACAAAAUUUUAUUUGAACAGUUGGGUGAAGAAAAGAUCCAUAAAAUGGCAAAAAGGGACAUCGAAGAUACACUCAGCAGCCUUGAAGAUACGAUGGGCGAUGUCGAGGAUCAAAUUUACGGGCUCAGGGUCAGUACGAAUAGUUCCAACGAACCCACAUGGGAUUCAAACGCCAUCUCGAAUCCAGGCUGUAUCAUCACCAGAGGCAAAAUCAACUGUUCCACGGUCAUCUACAAAGACAAGAAAACUUGGAGACAAUCGAGGCACAGAAUAGAAAACGAAAUACAGCAACUCAGACACAAACUAGAAACUUUAAAAGAAAUCAGAAGACAUCUUAAAAACACGAGACCUCUUGACGAAAGCGGUGAAGUCAACGGAACCGAGUUGAAUACCUUCAAUGAGUUGAACUUCCAGCAUAACUCUUUGCCAGUGCUCCACAACAAAGAGAUCCCAAGACCGGUACCAUUAGAUGUCAACAGAUUCAAGAAGAAGAGGAAGAACAAGCCACCAGUUUCUUCCACUCCAUCUUUGGACGAUUUUCUUCCUGAGUCGUUCAACGAUAGUCUCGAGGUGAACGGUACCGAUUUUGAUGAGGAAGUGACAAGAUCGACUCCAGAAUUUACUACAGCGAUGCCAACUAUGCACAGUAAUCCUCACAGGCAUAGUCAUCACAGAACCCAUUCAAGUACAGGGAGUAUGGGGAUGAGUACUACUACCCCAUCGGGUAUUUUUGAAAGUCGGGGCAGGAAGACCCCAACGAUACCAAGGCCCAAAACAGAUGAGCUCAUGUCUAAUCCGAAGAAAAAAGUGAAACAGCACUUAUGUCACUGUGAGAUCAAAGACCCCUACAUUCCAGAAGAAAAGGAUGUUUUGAAGGAAGAAAGCGGCGGUUGAAGGAAGAGAGGUUAAAGAAGAAAUUGAGGAAACAAAGGAAAAGGAGCAAUUAGAAAAGGAAUGCAGCCACGAAAGGAUGAACUGCUUCCACCAUGACAACGAUCAUUGGAAGACAGCCCCACAAUGGACAGCGGGACCUUUUUGUUUCUGUAUGAACGCAAAUAACAACACAUACUCUUGUGUCAGGACGAUCAAUUCAACUCACAAUUUUUUGUACUGCGAAUUCACCACCGGAAUGGUCACAUUCUACAACCUAAGGAUAGAUCCCUUCGAGCUACAAAACAGGAUAGAUUCGCUGAAACCAGAAGAAAGAUCCUACCUCCAUGACCAGUUAGCAAGAUUGGUCUCUUGCAAAGGCAAGUCGUGCACUGUGGCUCACAGUAAUCACAUAAGGCCGAAACCAAGGAUGAAUUCGUUACCACUACACAAUAUUGGGCAGUAUUAUAGGAAGAGGAAAUAUCAAGACGAAGGUAAAUUCCAACAUAACAAAAUUUUAAAUACUGUUCUUGCAACGUUAUAUUCAAGUUUAUACGCAGUACCGGACGUAUCAAGUGUCGUUACUGUUACGUCUUGUGGACAUCAAUUUGCGUGGCCCUUAGGACGUCAUUUCAGGACGUGAAUAAGACGUCAUUUUGAUACGGCUAAAAGACGUCAGUACGUAAAAUAAAUCAAAAAAGCAUAUUUUUCGGAUCAUCACAACGAGAUGUCAAAGCAUUGAUGAUCACUGGGUAUAAAGUUUGUUUAGUUAUGUAAGAUGUAUGGUAUGCCAAUAUUUUUUCAACGACUGAUUAAUAACAUUUUGCCAGCUGCCAGGAGUCUAGCGUUAGUACAAGAAUAUCCAUAUCGAACAGACUAUUCUCUGAAUACUAAAUCGUGGCGCCGUCGCGCCCUCUGGCGGCCAUCCUCGCAACCAUACGGUCAAGCACGACACGAGAGGAAGAGACGCAAACAACAACUCCACCACAAUCAUCAGGCAACAGCAGGGGAGCCCAAAGAAGCCUGGUAGUAAAAGGAGACGGAGAAAAUCUUGAAGACGCUAUCAAGAGUAGAACUCGUACGUGUGACUGAUUUUUUAUUUAGCCGUAAGGAAACGCGUGAAACGAUUUUACGAAUAUGAUAUUGCCUCAAUAUAAUUGGAUCAUCACCCGUCACCUCCGCCUACCACCCGCCACCUCGGAGUAUAAUCGCGGCCUUAGGCCUGUCACCUUGGAAAUAGCUUUCUCGGCAAAAGGUAUACACCUUUCGCAUUCCAUGUAUCCAUAUAAGUAUUACAUAUGUCACUUCCAAGAGAUUGAUAGCAUAAUUGUUGUAUUUAACCCGCAUUUAGAAUCUCAGAAAUAUACUGGUUCAAAUGUUAACCUGAUCUUUAAACGAAAAAGUCUCAUCUUUGUAAUAAACCAUAAAUAUUAAGUAGACUCCCCAAAUUUUGAUAAACCGCAGCCCCGUGCAUGAUAAUCAUCCACCUCAUAACAAAAUGUGGUAAGUUAUAAUCAGCGCCUAAUGAUGUUGACCUUGUGGAACCAUUUUGAUUUGAUACUACUUGCAUUUGAAAACCAAUACUCCUGUACUUAUUCAAUAUGUCAUGAAAGUAAAGUAAAAUCUAGGAUUACAAGCCCCAAUGAAAAUCAAAGAUUACUUCCUAAAAAAAAUACGCAUGCAUUCAGCUCAAAAGCAUCAAUUUUAAAUUACGUCAGAUAAAUAUGAAACAGGUUUUGAGGUGCUUGUAAUGAUAGAUUGUACUACAACCCUCUACAGUACGAAAACUAUUUCUUUAAUAAUAAUAGCAGUUUUGUUUGAUGUAAAUAAUGUGAUCUCUAUUUUAUAUUUGCAUUUUCUUUCCUAAAGCUUCGAUGCUUUGUGUGUAUUAGUGUAUAUAAAAAUUUGGACACUCAGUAUACUAUACCCCUGUUUGUCCAAAAUUUCUUAGAAGCGGAAACAAUCAUAGACAAUGUAGGUACCUGCGACACUUCAUUUUGAGAUUAACUUUUGCUAUUUUUGUAGAACCCGGGUAUAGACGACGGUAUUUUACUACAUUUUCACUGUUUCUUUAACACUUCAUGUAGAGAUAAGCAAUGUUGUAAUGGAAGCAAUAAUGACUUUAUUUUUAAAGCGUGUUGUAAAAAAUCGUUUGCCAAUUUUAAUUCUCUAGUCUCUAGCUUUCGGCAUUGUAUAUAUUUUGUCAUUUGUAGAAAGUACAUAUUUAGAUUAUGUAAAAUUUAUAGUUUUAAGCAAAAUGUAUUAUUUUUUAUUUAUGCUAUUACUUGUAAUUUAGUUAUAGUGGAUCGAGAUUGUGAACUAAUUUAAGAAAGAUUUAGUGUUUUGUGUAUUGUAUUUAUUCUGAAGAAAAGAUGUAAUUGAACAUUUUUGGUGCCAUGAUUCGAAAUUGUAUCUUCUAAACAAGAAUGUAAUAAUAAACAACUGUGUCAGCUUGUA